CCUACAGAAUGGUGUAGAUAUCUGUGAAGCCAUUUGUCAUAAGGGCGCAAUUGACACGCCUCUGCAGCGGGAUUACUCAGGGCGUAUGAUGGACUCCACUAUGAUCGACUGCCAACGGAGGGCGGGGGCCCAGCAUUGGACUCCCCUCAAUCCAUACAUAUAGCCGAGCCAUUCUGCUCUCUAUAAUGUUGCGCCAUCAAGGUACAUACUUUUUUCGCGGUAAUUGUUCGAAGUUUUAGUGAACAGCAGAACUAGACACCAACGAAACGAAAAUGAGUUCAACUAGAGGAAGCUGCCUGUGUGGGGCCAUCCAGUUCGAGUUUACAGGUCAGCCAGAAGCCACGGCGCUCUGUCACUGCAAGGAUUGCCAAAAGUGGACCGGAUCCGCCUAUACCUCCAACGCAGUGGUGCCCAGGAAGUCCUUCAGAGUCGUCAAGGGCGAGCCGAAAUGGUACGACGCCACGGGCGCGUCGGGCAAGAUCAACAAGCACUUCUUCUGCGGCACGUGCGGGUCCAGCCUGUACACGGAGCUGGAGAUCAUGCCCGACGUCACGUGCGUCAAGGGCGGGAGCCUGGACGGCGGCGCGGCGUCGCUGGGCGGGGAGAUCGGGGCCGAGUUCUAUGUCGGCAGUCGUGUCGGGUACCUGCCGGAGAUCCGGGGGGCGAAGCAGGAGCCUGCCUUGGGUUGAGAUGCAGCGCGCCGCUCUCUCCUGAGGAGCUGGCUGCAAGAGGCUUGAGUUGUUGAUUGGAACGUUGGAUAUGUUGGCGCUCAAAAAUAAUAAUCGUGGAUCUUAAGCUAGUAGAGACAAUUGAUUGUGAUAGUCAAAUCACUGGGUAACAGUAUGAUGCUGAAAAGAAAGAUGAUACUGGUCUAAAGAACAAAAGUAGUGCUAGCUUGAAAACACAACAGCCUUUCGAGUCCAA